CCUCAUCGGCCCCCGUAGACGCUGAGGCGGCCCCCGUAGACGCUGAGGCGGCCGGAACAAGUUUGGCCCCAUCGGCCCCCGUAGACGCUGAGGCGGCCGGAACUAGUUUGGCCUCACCGGCCCCCGUAGAUUCUGAGGCGGCCGGAACAAGUUUGGCCCCAUCGGCCCCCGUAAACGCUGAGGAGGCCGGAACUAGUUUGGCCCCAUCGGCCCCCGUAGACGCUGAGGCGGCCGGAACUAGUUUGGCCUCACCGGCCCCCGUAGAUUCUGAGGCGGCCGGAACAAAUUUGGCCCCAUCGGCCCCCGUAGAUUCUGAGGCGGCCGGAAUAAGUUUGGCCCCAUCGGCCCCCGUAAACGCUGAGGAGGCCGGAACUAGUUUGGCCCCACCGGCCCCCGUAGACGCUGAGGCGGCCGGAACUGGUUUGUCCUCGCCGGCCGCCGUCGUGGUCCCUGAGGCAGAAGGCCGGCGGCCAUAAUGGAGGUCAACCCGCCCAAGCAGGAGCACCUGCUGGCGCUCAAAGUGAUGAGGUUAACCAAGCCCACGCUUUUCACCAAUAUCCCAGUGACCUGCGAAGACAAAGACCUGCCAGGCGACCUCUUCGAUCGCCUCAUGAGAGACGACCCUUCCACCGUCGCCGGGGCCGAGAUCCUCACGCUGGGCGAGAUGCUCACGUUGCCGCAGAACUUCGGAAACAUCUUCCUGGGAGAGACCUUUUCCAGCUACAUCAGCGUCCACAACGACAGCAGCCAGAUGGUCAAAGACAUCCUGGUCAAGGCCGACCUGCAGACGAGCUCCCAGCGUCUAAACCUUUCAGCGUCCAGUUCUGCCGUGGCCGAGCUCAGACCGGACUGCUGCAUCGACGACGUCAUCCACCACGAAGUGAAAGAAAUCGGGACGCACAUCCUGGUCUGUGCGGUCAGCUACACCACGCAGAGCGGAGAGAAGAUGUACUUCAGGAAGUUCUUCAAGUUCCAGGUUCUCAAGCCCCUGGAUGUGAAAACCAAAUUUUACAACGCCGAGAGCGACCUCAGUUCUGUGACCGACGAGGUUUUCCUCGAAGCUCAAAUCCAGAACAUCACCACGUCGCCCAUGUUCAUGGAGAAGGUCUCCCUGGAGCCUUCCGUCAUGUACAACGUCACCGAGCUGAACGCCGCCAGCUUCGGCGGACGAGGGGUGUCGACGUUCGGGGCCAGGACGUAUCUGCAGCCCUCGGACACGCGCCAGUAUCUCUACUGCCUGAAACCCAAGCAGGAGUUCGCCGAAAAGGCCGGCGUCAUCAAGGGCGUCACGGUCAUCGGGAAGCUGGACAUCGUGUGGAAGACCAACCUGGGAGAGCGGGGAAGGCUUCAGACCAGCCAGCUCCAGAGGAUGGCCCCGGGCUACGGCGACGUGCGGCUGUCCCUGGAGACCGUACCGGACACGGUCACCCUGGAAGAGCCGUUCCACAUCACUUGCAAAAUAACCAACUGCAGCGGCGAGAGGACCAUGGACCUGGUCUUGGAAAUGUGCAACACCCAGUCCAUCCACUGGUGCGGGGUCUCCGGGCGGCAGCUGGGCAAGCUGAGUCCCAACUCGUCGCUCCACCUGGCCCUCACCCUCCUGUCCUCCGUGCAGGGUUUGCAGAGCGUCUCCGGGCUGAGGCUGACCGACACGUUCCUCAAGAGAACCUACGAAUACGACGACAUCGCGCAGGUCUGCGUGGUGUCCUCGACCGUGCGGGUGGAAGGCUGAGGCCGCCUCCGCCGAGCCUCCGGGACCGACCGCCCGCCGGACGCCACGGGGCCCGCGGCGGUCCGACGGAGCGGGCUC